ACACGACUUCAGCAACAUAAUGUACUGAGCUGGACACAGAAGGCAUUUCGACAGGCGCCAGCUUACUGAGGGAUAGUAAUUGUGCGCAUGGAAUUGGGGUAAUUAUAAGGAAAAGCGCGGAAACCGUGAUGCAAGAGAAAGUACCUGACGUCAACCACACCCGUUGACGGUCACUUCGAGCUAGCUGAACGCUGCUAUCUCAUACCUGAUAUCCAUGCUUUCGAUAUGGGCAGUCCUGCGAAACGGCGGAAGCUCAAUGACAGCUCUAAAUCCUCUCCUGCCCCAUCCAGAAACCUUGAUUUCUUCUUCGGAAAACAGAAGCAGAACCCUCCUUCCCGAGCUUCGAACCAUGGAGAGCGAGAUAUCGAGUCUCCUAAUGAAGGAUCCAAGUUGACAGAUGAACAGCUGGCCAGGAAGCUACAAGCGGAGUGGGAUCAAGAGGAAGCCAGUGACAACUCCGCGAGACAGAAUUCUGCUAGCAAGGAGGCAGACGGGAUAUUGGAUUCGUCAGGCCCUCCAGACAGCAGUAUAGGUUUUCAACCCACGUAUGAUAUCUAUUCGGAUGGCAAAAGAGAGAAUGAGGAUGAAGUUGGCAGGCUGGAUUCAAGACCUGAAAAGCCACAGCAAGAGCCAAAAGGAAAGAAUACACUCUCUCUGCAGUCAACUGGUUCGGCAGAAGAUGCCAUAACCUCGAAUAUACCCUUUGAUGAGAGUCCCUUAACUUUUGAACCUUCCAAGUAUGUCGAAGAUUUACAGAGUCAUUGGGCUGCUGACGGAGGCAAUGCAUCCUAUGCACUUCUUACUAGAUGCUUUGUGCUUAUCAACAGCACUCAGAGUCGGAUUAAGAUUGUUGAUACUCUUGUGAAUGCUCUGAGGGUUAUUAUCGAGGGGGAUCCAAGUAGUCUACUACCUACUGUAUGGCUGGCGACCAACUCCAUAUCCCCACCGUAUAUAUCACUUGAGCUUGGACUCGGUGGAUCCGCGAUUUCGAAAGCAUUAAAGACGGUGUGUGGUCUAGAUAGCCGGUCUCUCAAGGCACUUUACGAUAAGGUCGGCGAUGCUGGCGAUGUGGCCUUUGAAGCCAAGAAGAAACAAAGUUUUACACUCCGGAAGCCUAAGCCGCUUACAAUCAAAGGCGUCUAUCAGUCGCUGGUUAAAAUAGCCAGUACUCAGGGAACAGGAAGCGGGGAAAUCAAGCAAAGCAUUGUCAACAAGUUACUGCAAGAUGCAAGAGGAGCGGAAGAAAGUCGAUACAUCGUCAGAACUCUUUGUCAGCAUUUGCGUAUUGGAGCCGUCAAAACAACCAUGUUGAUUGCUCUUUCUCGAGCCUUCCUACUAUCACGCCCCCCUGGUGCAGACUUCCCUCUCAAAUCGCAGGAAGAGCUAGGUAAACUCAAGAAGGAUGCCUUGGCUGAGGUUUGGGCUAAAGCGGAGGAGACUGUGAAGGCGUGUUUCGCCAAAAGACCGAACUAUAACGAUUUGAUUCCCGCACUUCUUGAAGUUGGAGUUUGCGACGAACUCCUCAUUAGAUGUGGCCUUGCUUUGCACGUUCCUCUCCUCCCUAUGUUGGGAAGCAUCACCAGAGACCUCUCCGAAAUGCUCACUAAGCUUCAAGGUCGAGAUUUCAGCUGUGAGUAUAAAUACGAUGGCCAGCGAGCUCAGAUUCAUUGUGAUGCGCAAGGCAAAGUCUCGAUAUUUUCUAGGCAUCUUGAGCUCAUGACCGACAAAUAUCCCGACCUAGUGGCUUUGAUCCCGAAAGUCAGCGGCGAUGGAGUGAGCAGCUUUAUUAUGGAGGGCGAAGUCGUUGCGGUGGAUCAGGAAUCUGGAGAACUGAAGACUUUCCAAACACUGGCUAAUAGGGCGCGGAAAGACGUAGCAAUUGGGAGCGUCAAAGUCUCAGUCUGCUUAUUCGCCUUUGAUCUGAUGUAUCUGAACGGCGAACCAUUGCUAGAUCGGCCCUUUCGAGAGAGACGAGAGCUCCUGCGAAGCCUAUUCACAGAGAUUCCCAACAAAUUUACCUGGGUGAAAAGCAUCGACGCCACAUCUCAAGAUUCAGAGAUUAUUCUCGAAUUCUUUAAAAGUGCAACGGAUAGCAAAUGUGAAGGUUUGAUGGUGAAAAUUCUCGACAACCUCCCGAACCCGAAACUGAAAGAGGAGGUUGAAGAAGACGCAGUUACACUCGAACCUGCUGCUAAUAGUAGCAAAGGAGUGAAAAAGUCAGACAAUGAAAAGGAGCCAAAGAAAAAUCGCCGUAAAGCCCUGCUCUCAACCUACGAACCUGACAAGCGUCUCGAAUCCUGGCUCAAGGUCAAGAAAGACUAUAGCACCUCCUUCGACACCUUGGAUCUAAUACCAAUUGCCGGCUGGCACGGGCAAGGACGAAAAGCCAAGUUCUGGUCUCCAAUUCUCCUUGCAGUGCGGAACGAGGAAACUGGAAGCCUGGAGGCAGUUUGCAAAUGUAUCAGUGGAUUCACAGAUACGUUUUAUAAAGCAAAUAAAGAAUACUAUGAGGAAGGCGGCGAGCACGUCCUUGGCGGCAAACCGGCGUAUAUUGAGUACGAAGGGGGUUAUCCAGAUGUUUGGUUUGAACCGCAGGAGGUUUGGGAGAUAGCGUUUGCAGAUAUAACGAUUAGUCCUACGUACAAGGCGGCGAUAGGGUUGGUAAGUGAAGAGAAGGGGCUCAGCUUGAGGUUUCCGCGGUUCCUGAAGAAGAGAGAAGAUAAGGGGGUUGACGAGGCGAGCACGAGCGAGUUCUUAGCAGGGUUAUGGAGGAAGCAGGAAGAGAAAGCUCCGACUUCUACCCCUAAAGAAACUCCGGACGAGAACGAAGGUGGCGAAGACGAGAUAUAAAGCUAUGUCCCUCUCUUUCUUUGGCUGGCUUGCUAAAUCACGAGGAUUAUGACUUGUCAAUAGGGGCAACACCUAUGGAAACGGAAAUGGCGGGGUAGGAUAAUUUCAAUUCCCCCUUGUUGAAAUUUUACUACGUAUUAGAGAUCUACCUACUAAUAAUAAUGUACCGUAC